GACUCCAAAAAAAUCUGUAGAAGUGGACUGGAGCUAAGAUUUAAAAUAUAUUUAUUUAUAGAGAGAGAACGUCGUACGAGUUUCAAGUUAUUUGACGUCUACUAAAAUUACUUGUUUUUCAGAGAAGAGUCCUGCUAUGGAGGCUGAGAAUGGCAAGGAACGUAAACCGAUUCUCAUGGUUGCUGUUACUACCCAAUCAUUCACAAAUAACUCUAGAGAGCAACCCCAAUUAGCCCUCGACUGUAAUACACCAGAGAGCAACGACAGUUCAUUGAUCACAACGAAUAAUAUUGGAGCUGCUCAUAAUCAAGGGUUUCCUACAGAUCAAGAUGAUGAGUCAAACAAUUUCAACAUCAAUAGCAAGAUUAAGGAACAAGGAUUUUUUUCCAAACCUCCUGAGUACAGAUUCCUCCCAAUAGACAAAGAGCUCAUCAUCUUUUACUUGGAGAAGAAAGUAUGGAACCAGCCCCUGCCAAUUAACAAGAUCGUGGAGGUUAACCUAUAUGCAUAUAACCCAAAUUUUCUUGCAGCAAAAUACAAGGAUUAUCAAGAAGAUCAAUUAUACAUUUUCACCCCAAGAGAUCGGAAGUAUCGAAAUGGAAGACGGCCAAAUCGAGCUGCUGGUGAUGGAUAUUGGAAAGCCACCGAAGCUGACAGGAAAAUCAAAUCCAAUGGAACAAUAGUGGGUAUAGGAAGGCCUUGGUUUUUUAUAUGGGAAAGGCUCCAAAGGCAGCCAGAAUCUGCUGCUCAAUGCAAUAAUGAUCAUGCUCUCGAUUCUGGGGCUACUUUCAAUGGCUACUUCAAUUAUGCAAGUCCUCCUGAUCUUCCUGCCACGAUGGUUCCACCAAUUGGGUGGUCCAAGUGGGUGUAUAAUUCCACAGAUCAGACAGUCUUUGGGUCUAACUAUCCAAAUGAACCGAGUGAAUUCCAAGAGGAUCUGUGGAUGAGUUUGCCAUCUCAAUUGGAUCCUAGAAGUUAUAGCUAUUACCAAGAGUCGUAUGUGCAUCUUCCCGAUAGUGUCCCAAAUAAUAAUCCUGAUAGUGUCCUAAAUAAUAAUCCUAAUGAUAGUGAUGGCAGUGAAGAGUCUGACGAUUGA